ACAAUGGUACGUGCGUCGAUCGAGGAAGAGAACGAAGAAGAAGAAAAACUCGACGAAAGAGGUAGAAACAAAGAAGAAGAAGCAUCGCUCUGUCGCAAACAUAAACAAGCGGCAAAACCAACUUUGUCUUCACAAAUAUGUCGAUUGUCUUUGUGCCAAAGAAACUGCGAGGAAGGGCGAAAAUUAACCAAGAAACAAUACAGAGGUUGCUGGAUGAAAACGACCAGAUAAUUCGAUGCAUCGCUGAAUACCAGCAGAAAGGACGAGCAAUGGAGUGUGUGCAAUAUCAACAGAUUCUGCACCGCAACAUCGUCUAUUUGGCAACCAUAGCUGAUGCCAGCAACAUGGAUCCCUCCACACAUCCUACAUCUAAUGAAAGCUCUGCUUCAACACCAACUGUGAAUGGGCCCCGUGAGACAUGAUGGUUUGGAUGGGGGUGUGAACUCUGUGAUGGGGAGGAUUUUACAUCACACAAAAUAUAUUUAUCAUAACUAUUAUUGUUUUUCAAUGAU